CAUUUGUCUUGUCCAUAUAUUUAUUUCCUAUUAUUUCUUUCAAAUUCACAUCCAAAACAUAUUGAUAAGUUUACAAGUAAUUAACAAGAAAAAUGGCAGAAACAAAGUUGAGCAGCUUCAAAGAUAAAAGAUGGUCACUCCAAGGAAUGACAGCUCUAGUGACCGGUGGAACCCGAGGCAUAGGGUACGCUAUUGUUGAAGAGUUAGCAGAAUUUGGAGCAGCAGUGCAUAUAUGUUCACGUAACGAAGAUGAUGUUAACAAAUGUUUGGAAGACUGGAAAAGAAAAGGGUUUAAUGUAACAGGAUCAGUAUGUGAUUUACUUUUCCGUGACCAACGUGAAAAAUUAAUGGAAACUGUUGCAUCAGUGUUUAAUGGAAAACUCAAUAUUCUAGUGAACAAUGCUGGGACAUUUACUCCUAAAUCUAUCUUAGAUUAUACCCAAGAAGAUGUAGCAACUAUAAUGAAUACGAAUUUUGUGUCUGGUUACCAUUUGUGUCAACUUGCACAUCCACUUCUAAAAGAAUCCGGAUAUGGAAGCAUAGUAUUCAUAUCCUCAAUUGGAGGUCUGAAAGCCUUUGAUGUUUCUUCUGCAUAUGCAGCUUCUAAAGGAGCUAUGAAUCAGUUUGCUAAGAACGUAGCAUCGGAAUGGGCAAAGGAUAAUAUUCGGGCGAAUGUUGUGGCACCUGGACCUGUCAAGACCUUACUUUUAGAAAAUGCUAUGAAAUUAUCUGAGGGAGUGGAUAAUGUGGUUGAAGAUAUAGUGUCUAAAUCGCCGGUUGGUAGGAUGGGAGAAUCUAAGGACAUAUCAGGAUUGGUUGCAUUUCUUUGUCUUCCAGCUUCUUCACACAUAACCGGACAAAUUAUAGCUGUAGAUGGAGGUUUCACUAUGUAAACUUUGAAUUUUAUAAUUAUUAGUAAUUCUAUCAAAUGAACUAAACUUCAAGGGGUUAUUAUCUUUGUUGUAAUAAGUUUUUUUUGCAAAGAGUUUAGAGUUUCAGUCAUGAUUUUAUUUAUGUUUUCUUUUAUUUUUAUUUGUUGCAUUAGUAAUGUAUGGAAGGCUAAAGGAGAA